CCCUUUUCUAGAUAUUUUCAGAAGUUCCCAACAGUGAAUUUAAAUUGGAACUCAAGGGAAAAGAAUAGCUGAAAAAGAAAGAAAAAAGUGAAAGCAGAUUAAAGAGAGUUCAAUUGGAACAACUUUUAGAGAAAGAGAGAGAUUGUAUUGAAGCAUUAUAAACAAAAAGUUAAGGGCUUAAAGGCAGAUAACUAUGGUGAAUGCAAUUCUUUAUCAUCAAACUUCACCACUGCUUCUCUUCCAAUGUUGUUCAUCCUCUCAUCCUCCUCAUAUUCCCAGGGGAUUGCCUGGAAAGCUGACAUUAAAUUUCUCUAUCAAGAGCCCUCCUAAUAAAGCUAUUGCAAGUCAUAUUGUUUCAGGCCUUGCAUCUUUGAUAUUUUUGUCUCAAACAAACCAGGUUCUUGCAGCUGAUUUAUCUCAUGACCCCAGCAUCUGCCAGCUUGCAAGUGCCACGGAUAAUGAACUAACUCUACCCCUUGAAGAAGAUUCUGGUGAAGGAAAUGGGAAGCUAAUGAUGAUGAGAGGGAUGACAGCAAAGAACUUUGAUCCUGUUAGAUAUUCUGGAAGGUGGUUCGAAGUAGCAUCACUCAAACGCGGAUUUGCAGGACAGGGUCAAGAAGACUGUCAUUGCACUCAGGGAGUUUAUACAUUCGACAUGAAAACACCUGCUAUACAGGUUGAUACGUUUUGUGUUCAUGGAGGGCCGGACGGGUAUAUUACCGGAAUAAGAGGAAAGGUUCAAUGCCUUUCAGAUGAAGAUUUGGUGAAGAAUGAAACUGAUUUAGAAAAGCAAGAGAUGAUUAAAGAGAAGUGCUACCUUCGUUUCCCUACAUUGCCUUUCAUCCCCAAAGAACCUUACGAUGUGAUUGCUACCGAUUAUGACAAUUUCUCCCUUGUUUCAGGAGCAAAAGACACAAGUUUUAUCCAGAUAUUAGAUACGAGCAUAUCAAGGCAAAAGACUGAUUUCUUGUUCAAAUCAUACAGAAAUACAACAGUUGAUUCAGAAUCUGAAUAUUUCAGAUAUGUAAAACUGGUUCUUUGUGAAUCUGGUAUAUUGUUUCAGAUCUACUCAAGAACACCAAAUCCGGGACAUGAGUUCAUAGAGAAGUACAAAUCGUACUUGUCAAAUUACGGAUAUGACCCAAGCAAAAUCAAGGACACCCCACAAGAUUGUCAAGUGAUGUCCAACAGUCAGCUAGCUGCUAUGAUGUCCAUGCCUGGGAUGCAACAAGCUCUAACAAACGAAUUCCCUGAUCUUGAACUAAAGGCUCCUGUUGCAUUUAACCCUUUUACGAGCGUAUUUGACACUUUGAAGAAGCUGCUUGAGCUUUACUUCAAAUAGAUGUUCAAACUUCCAUAAACACCAUUUUAUUUUCUGUAUUUCAGAAUGAAAUUAUACAGAUGACAGGGUAAAUCAGUAAAGUUAUAUCAUCAUUUGAGCUGGUA